UACAACCGUAACCGUACCGUGGACAAUGGAAAGCCAAAUUGUGGAGUUGAAACUUAAUCGCUCUCUGCUCGAUCCACAUUUUGAUGGAUAUAAGCUCUCACUGGAUCAGCUGCCGGUGUAUAACAUUGAAAAUCCUGAUGGUGUGUGCUUGACAUCUAUACAGGACAACCAGUACUCCUUCCAACAGGUAAAGCUGUUUAGUCGCCAUAACAACCUCCACGCGGAUCGUUACUAUGACAACGUGGUGUACUUUGUCAAUGACAAGCUGGAUAUUGAGCAGCUAGUGGUGAAGAAGGAUGAGAGACCACGGAAGACGCGGAUUGUUCAUACAAUAUCGGACAGCGCUAGACAUGAGUCCUCUAGCAGAUAUAAUGUGACCAUUGAUUUCCCUGCAAAAGAUUGGGCUAUUCUCUCGGAUGGUGCAGGAAAGUUUUGGGUGUUAAACACUGGAAACAGAUUAAAGCUAUCUGAGUGGAAGGUUAGCUACAGAGGCUUCCCACUGGGAGAGGGAGUGUCGUUCGCCAUUCAUCACUGCUGUCACCACCUGUCAGCUAAUGGUCACCACGUGAUCGAUGCCUUGCUCCUCCACGUGGAGGAGACGACGCAGGAGGUUGAGGGUGUCACGUUUGUGUCCGUGCUGGAGUGGGUCACGUUUGUGAAAGGAGAUGACGAGACAUGGACAUUAAAGCGAGUGAGAAGAUUAAAAGGUCGCAGCAUUCCAGACUACGUGUGCCUGACGGACAAUGCUACAGCGGUGUACAUUUCCAGCGACAAGCCGUACACUGUAGUGUACGACUCGAUGAACCCAGUAGAAGAACGAGUAGAAAAGCAGGAGGAAACAUUGAAAGAUGCCGAGAAACAUCCGCUGUAUACAUGGAGUCAAACCGAUGACGAGGUGAAUGUCCAGUUUACGGUUCCGGAGCGAUGCGGCAAGGCGGACCUUGAUGUGCGGCUGUCGAUGUCCGCUUUCCACUUUGGCCUGAAGAACAGCACAGCCUUUCUGAGCGGCGACUUGCAAGCCCCGAUAAAGGUCGAUGAAAGCACGUGGACGAUAGAUGGACAAAGGGUAGAAAUUCCCGAUUACCAGGCUCUUGCAACGGACAGAACUGGCAAGCUGGUUGUGAACGCCGAUCCGGAUAAGCCUGUUGUCUUCUCGAACCAGGACAUGGAGGAGGUGGAUGCCUUCCCGGAGGACACUGCCUUGUUGGUGCGGAUAGAUGGGGAAUCUCAUGUUGCUAGCCACCAAGCGAGCCUCAGCAGCAAUCAGUGGUUAUUCAACGUCGACUUGCCAUCGUCUGCGUCACGCGCGCUCUGCCUUCGUCACGACGUCGACGGACUGCUCUGGCAGCCGGACUCCGAUUCCGCGCAAUUUCGGCACGUCGCGACCUUCAACGCCCUCGGCUACGUGCAGGCGUCGAAGCAGCAGCUGCAGUAUGCUGCCUGUGCCGCCGACCGCUCGUUCGUCGCACUAUGCGACUGCGCGCGCCACGUGUACGUCUACUGGCAGGCGGUUGCCGUGAAGACGGAGUUUCGCAACCGGAAGUCCGGCGCCGACGUCAAGAACGUCGCCAAGCAGCAGGUCGUCAGUCUGGAUUCCGCGGACGAGAUCGUCGGUUUCCGCGUCACGAACGAGUGGAUAUUCGUUUUGACGGCGAAGUCGCUUUCGGCGCUCAAGGUCGUGUGAUGUUCGACGAUGCGAAACGGACAGACGAUGCGAACUGCGACGAUACGCAAAACGAGCCAACUCCCACAUCUGGCAGAGCUCCAAGAAUACUAUGGCGACUGUCUCCGAUUACAUAUUUUAAGAAUAUGUGGGUUUUGCAACCAUGAUCGAGAAUUGUUCUACUACUACGAAUGACUUCUUCUACACUGUAACUUCUACGAUAAAUUAGAUUUAUUUUUGCAUCAAUAACUAUACUGUCUGUAUCAAUGUGAUGCAUCAGUCAUGCACGAGGAUGGAUGCAUGAAUGUAAAACUUAUUAGGUGUAGCUAAUCAUAAUCUCACACAAAGACGUUUCUACAAAUACUCAGUUUAUUCCAACGUUCAAAACGUAGCACGUCACAUUUCAGAAGUAUAUGUUGAUUUGCAAGAAGUAUAUAAUUAUGUCACAGAGAUUCAAGUUUUAUAACAGGUAUUUUGUUGUCACUUGCUUUAUGAAUAGUGAAUUUCUUUUAUGAAUACAGAAACACCUUAAACAUGAUUAUCCAACAAUGACAAGUUUUUAAGUUGAUAAGU